AUGGCAUGGCUUGGUAUUCCCAAGCAAAUCAAAACGGACAACGGUCCAAACUUUGUCUCCGCGUCAGGCCGGGCAUUCGCACAAAAAUGGGGUAUUACCCUAAUACAAGGUAUCCCAUACAAUAGCACAGGGCAAGCCAUAGUUGAACGAGCAAAUCAGACUUUGAAAUCUAAAAUAGAAGUGCUGGCAAAAACAGAAGGCUUCUCUAGCACUGUUCCCCCGGGAGAUCAAGCACGCUUGCUAGCCACUGCCCUAUUAGCGCUAAACCAAUUUCCCAGGGGGGAAGAGGCGAAUAGCCCCACUCAAAAACACUGGGCCACUCGAGCAAUGGAUGAAGGUUCGUUAAUCAUAGUCAGGAAUGAGCUAGGAGAGUGGGAACAAGGGUGGAGACUAGUUCUUACUGGGAGAGGGUAUGCCGUGGUCAAAAAGGACGGAAUCGAUCCCAUCAUCGGACGUCCUCGCAACUCAUACGCUCCAAUACCGAGAGAAGAUGACAAGUCCGCAGAUAUCCCUUCCAUACCCGAAAAUCCUGAGCAGAUGAAAUCCGGGCAACGGCAACAUGAUCCCUGCAGACAAGGAUGGCGACAUCUUUGUGUGCUCUUCGCCUUACAGCUCGUCGCUACCACACAAGCGGUACCAGAACCCCACCCCCAUCAGCCUUUCAAGUGGACCUUACUCCGAUUUGAGAGACAACAGGUUAUCGCAACCCAAAUAACACCGGGAGCACCAAGCUUUAAUGCUACCUUAUGUCAGCUUGUCCCGAGACCCCGAUGCUGGGAAUACCUGGGAUUCUAUAUGUGCCCUAGUUCGAAUCCUAGAAAGGGAUAUUGUAACCACCCUAAUCAAUAUUACUGCAGCUAUUGGGGUUGUGAAACCAUAGCCCCUGGUUGGAUACCGGGUAGUGGUAUAGACAGGUACCUAAAGGUGCAAUGGGGUCCAUAUGGGUGCAAACCACCACAAGGGUGGGGAGGACGUGGAAAAUGCAAAUACCUCUUCUUAAAUGUCACCAGCCCUGAAGACGUAGGAUGGAUAAUUGGAAGAGUGUGGGGAGUGAGGUAUACGGAACCAGGGACAGAUAAGGGUGGUUUAAUUCUCACAAAAAAGGAAGUGGUCCCAAAUGAUCCGCUGCCAGUAGGCCCUAACCAGAUACUAGCUGAUGAUUUGGCUAAAGGAACAAUGGAUAGUACAACAAGAAUUACUAAAAUAGACAAUAUAGCGAUAACUCCUGAAAUGAAGACUACUCGAGUCACCCAAAUUCCUGAUGAAACCCUUCGGAAUAACUCAACCCCUAACGAAACCCCUGAAAUUAAUCCCCUUUUGAAAAUGAUGCAAGCUAGCUACCAACUGCUGAACAAGACUAACCCAAACCUUAUGGAGCAUUGUUGGCUAUGCUACAGCAUAACACCACCCUACUAUGAGGCUAUAGGAAUAGACGACGCACCCUUACGAGUAAAUGGUACGAAUCCGGCCCAGUGCGCUUGGGACACAGAAAAACAAGGGAUUACAUUAGCACAUGUGACGGGAAGUGGUACAUGUAUAGGUACAGUCCCUAAACACAAAAAACAACUAUGUGCUAAUGUGACACAGUCCAAAACCCCUGCACAGUGGCUAGUACCGGCCAAUAAUGCCAAAUGGGUUUGCUCCAUUAUGGGAGUUACACCCUGUCUGUCGUUAGACAAAUUUGAUGAAUCCUCAGAAUAUUGUGUCCAAGUAACUAUAGUUCCUAAGAUCUUCUACCAUUCCGAACAAUGUUUCUAUGAGUCACAAACCACUCCAGAACACCACCGGUCAAAACGGGAACCCUUUACAGCAUUGACAAUAGCCGCUCUCCUGAUCAUGGGGGGUGCGGGAUUAGACACAGGGGUGGCAUCCUUAGUGCACCAACACAAAGAAUUUACCGCCCUAAGCAUGGCAGUGGAUGAAGACCUAGCUAGACUAGAACAAUCUAUCAGUGCAUUAGAGAGUUCGCUUAGAUCGUUAUCUGAGGUCGUGCUACAGAAUCGAAGAGGGUUAGACCUAGUGUUCCUGCGACAAGGGGGAGUAUGUGCAGCUCUGAAGGAAGAAUGUUGUCUGUACGCCGAUCACACUGGCAUAGUGAGAGAUACUAUGGCCAAACUACGGGAGAGACUAGAAAAACGAAAAAGGGAACGGGAGGCGGAACAGAAUUGGUUCACAUCCUGGUUCACCAGCUCACCGUGGCUUACCCCUGUGAUAUCUACCCUGCUAGGGCCGGUUACAACAAUCCUGAUAGCAUUGAUUUUUGGACCCUGUAUAUUGAAUAAGCUCAUAGAACGCCAACAGUUGCUUUAG